AUGCCCUUUCCCUCAUCGGCCCUCCGUUCUCUUCUUCGCCUUCUUCCCGCCCCGUUCGUCAAGUCUUCUGCCCCCAUCAUGAAUAAUUCCUCGAUCCGCCCUUGUCGUCUGAUGUAUUCCAGUGACAUGAGAGGACUACAGAGAAGGGCCAGCUGUGAUUCAUCGGUCUAUCGUAGUUUCGACUGGGGCUGGACCAGCCCCCUUGAAGUCGUGUGCGGUACGGUACAAAGACAGUACAAGUACCUGAAGAUGAGGUACUACCAGGUGUUCUUCCUUCUUUCCCUCCUUACCGUGUCCACGCUUGUGUCUGGAAAGGCCAUUCGCUAUGAACGCACCCGAGGACAGAAAUACGAACCAGAUAGAGUAUUCCAAGGUUGGAACUUAGGAUCGGCCAUGAAACGAGUCCUGUCCUUGAGGAUACCAAAUUUGGGCAUGAGGGAGAGAGAUUGUGAAGUGAAUGCUGAUGUGAUGAUCCCGGUAUCGUCGACUGUGAUUCCCUUGGAUGAGCUGCCCGUUUACAAGGUUGGCUUUGGCUUCAACUUUAAUCCAUCCGAGUUUGACAAGCCCGAGAAGAAUUCAAAGAAGGCCGCCGAGCUCCUCACGGCGAAGAAGAAGAAACUCGCUAAGAAAGAUAAGGCAAAAGUUCACGAGGUGACACAAGAGGAAUUCGAAAAACUUGGUUGAAUGCUCCUUCAUGACUUCUGCUAAAUAUCAUGGAAUCAGCUUCACGCUUUAGAAAUUUUUAAAACCUUGUUCUAAUAAAGUAAAUAUUAAUCUGAACACAGAUUCGUGUAAGAACAUGGCCAAACUGUAAAAUGAGUUUAAAACUGAAAUUCAAAUUGAGUGUGAUGAUGUUAUGAUCAAAAUGUACUUCCUUUCCCCGUGAGUGUAUAAUUCAAAAUGCAGUGUUUCUCAAACUUCUCUGGUGUCAGGGACUAACCAAGUGACUAUUUUAUGUGUACCUGAAAUAUUACUAUACUGCCUGUGAUAAAUCUUAACUCUCUCUAACUCUAACAAAUGAAGGAAGUUUUCUCUCCAUCUAUCACCUGCAUAGCAGAUUAAUUUCCUGAUCUGUCUUCCUCUCUCCAAACCAGGUUGAGAAUGAGUGUCAUGUCUAGUUCAGCUCCGAAAGAAUCUAGUCUUUGGUGGUGGACUUAGGCAUCGGUAUCAUCUUAUAGCAGUCUCUUUAUAGAUAUGAGGUAUCAUGGUAGCACUAUGUCAAUGCCUCCAAUAAUGUUCUGAAGCAUUCAAUUAAUGUUACAAGAGCAACUCAGUUUCUUCCUUCCUUCUGAGCAAGGUGCAUUUUUGCUGUAGUGCUUUUCUCACCUGACAGAAUCAUGAUUUUAUGCUUUUUAAAAAUAGGAUAUAUAAAAAAUCUUGAUAUGAAUAAAACUCAUGUUGCUACAUCUUGGCC